AUGAAUGUGGUGCUCUGUCCUGGAGGAUUCUACAUCUACAAACCAGACAGUCACCCAUAUAGCAAUAUGGGAUAUGUUACCUAUGUUGACGAAUGUUUCAACUCCACCAUCUGUGGCCCUGAGUCUAUUUGCACCAACACACCUGGCUCUCAUGUCUGCACGUGUCAACCUGGCUAUGCACCAACUCAACCAGAGCACCAGCCCAACAUGACCAACAUCUGUAUCGAUGUUGACGAGUGUGUCCAAUACACUGCCAUCUGUGGUCCAUAUUCCAACUGCUCAAACACCAUCGGAUCUCAUCUCUGUGCCUGCUUCAGUGGUUUUCGGCUUAACAACCCCAGUGUAAUAGCCAGCAAAUCUAACCCAUGCACAGAUAUAGAUGAGUGCAGUGAGACACCAGGAAUAUGUGGAAGACAAACUAUAUGCACUAAUGUACCUGGAACCUUCUAUUGCUCUUGUCCAGAAGGAUUCUACCCAUCCACAGGAAUUGUUUGGACACUGGGUAUUCAGCAGAUUCUAGAUGAGAUACAAGUCCCAGAGGGACAGACCAAAGAGAGAGCUUUUCUUGGCAAUAUGGAGCAACAACUGAAAGAAAAUUCAGGCCGGGUCUUACCAGGACCGACUGUGGCAAACAGCUUCUCAGCAUCUAUGGAGGUGUCAGGUGUUGGACAACGUGCCAGGUCAUUCACAGUGAGCAGUGAAGGCGAUGGGGAGACUGGCAGUAUGAUCCUGGGCAUCUCAGACCGCUUAGUGACGGGUAUGGUGAUUCCAGGUCAGAACCAAUCCAAAACCACCGUGAGGAGCUCAACACUGGAUUUAAGUCUUGAAACUAUUGGACCCGGAAACAGCAAUGGAGAGAACUCUCUUCUCUCAGCUAAUGGAAACACCAUGCAGAUCAACCUUGAAGGACUCGCCAAAAACAACAAUGACUCUGCAGCGGCUGCCUUCAUGACGCUACAGGGGAUGGAGAGUCUCCUCAGUCAUCAAUACUUCAAAACAGAAAACAGGACAGAGAUGUACUCUGACGUUAUCACUGCCAUCCUACCCUUAAUGAACAACACCAACCUCACAGAGCCCGUCAAUUUUACCAUCUAUCACAAGAAGGCAGUGCGUGAGUCUGGUUUGGUAACCUGUGUGUACUGGGAGGACAAAACACAGGAGACGAGGUCUAUACAGUGGUCAGUCGAGGGCUGUUGGGCUGCAUACACUAACGAAAACUACACAGUGUGCAGCUGCUCCCAUCUCUCCACAUUUGCUCUCAUCCUGCAGAUCGCAGAGCCUCCACCAGAGGAUGAUUUCUUAGAGUGGCUGAACCGGCUGUGUGUGAUUGUCGGACUGUUCUUCUUUGCGCUCGCCAUCCUCACCUUCCUGUUGUGCAGCUGGAACCCCAAGAUCAACAACACCGCCCGUCUUCACCUCUGUCUCAGCCUCGCCUUAUCUCAUCUCCUGCUGCUGUGGAACGACAGAUACGUUAAACAGGAGUUUCCCUCUUUCCUGUUUCCCCAGCUGGCCUGCACUGUCAUGGCCGGCCUGCUCCACUUCUUAAUUGUUGCAAGUUUUGUGUGGAUGCUGCUGGAGGCACUGCAGCUCUACCUGCUGGUCCGGAGGCUCUCUAAGGUGCAGGUCAUCCAGAGAGAUGGCCUCCCCAGGCCACUUCUCUACCUGAUCGGCUACGGUGUUCCAUUUGUCAUUGUGGGUGUUUCUGCACUUGUGUAUUCUGAUGGAUAUGGUGCUACUAAGGCAGAGGUGUGCUGGCUGUCGCAGGAACGCCACUUCAAUUGGGCUUUGACAGGGCCAGUGAUCACUGUACUUUUAUUUAACUGCAUCUUGUUCUGUGCUACUUUAUGGAGUCUAAGACCCACCUUGGCCAACAUGAAGAGUGAUGUCUCUCAGUCUAAAGAUACAAGAUUGAUUGUGUUCAAGAUCCUGGCUCAGUUUGUCAUCCUGGGCUGCACCUGGAUUCUGGGCCUGUACCAGUCAAAUCUUUUCUUUCAGGUCCUCUUCAUACUCCUUAACUCCCAGCAGGGCACCUUCCUCUUCAUCGUCCACUGCCUGCUCAAUAAGGAGGUGAGGGAGGAAUACAUAAAAUGGCUGACUUGUUCUUUCAAUAAACCCAGAGAAGCAGGAUCUGUGGUGAGCUUUAUUCUGGAUUAUGUCCAAGGCACCACACAAAAUGUCUCUUAG